AAAUUUAAAGACCAUAUCCUUAAAUAAACAAUCAAACAAACAAACAUGAACCACUCCACCAAAAGAAAAUGACAUCAACACAUUUUGUCAAAACACAAUCAGAGAGACUCAACUCAAAGCCAGAGCCUUGUUAUCUACUGACAUAACCCUUUAAGCCUAAAGCUAGGCCACAAUUCUAACACAAGCAUUAUCUCUAGCAAAAUUCAAUAAUCCAUUUGAACCCUUUUUUUCAGUGGCUAUGAUUCUGCCAUUUUGUUCAACAACUGCCACUGCCACAUAAAUUAAACUUUUUGCUACAGACAAAAAAUAAAAACACACUUUUUUUGUCACAUAUGUAUAACAUUGUGAACUAUAAUACUUCUUGUUUAUCAUCACCGAGUGUUUCUUCUAUCAAUCUAAGGUUGUCAUAAUAACACACUGUUAGGGUCCCCAAAAGCUUCAAACCAAUUCUGCAGUGACAUCUGCAAGAAAUCUUCUACUUCACCAUGCCACCAAAACCCUUAGACUAUGAGUCGAUAAACGAAAAUGUGAAGAAGGCUCAGUAUGCUGUCAGAGGUGAACUAUACCUUCGAGCUACCGAGCUUCAGAAGGAGGGCAAAAAGAUUAUAUUCACUAAUGUUGGCAACCCACAUGCUUUGGGACAGAAACCACUGACCUUCCCUCGCCAGGUUGUUGCUUUGUGCCAGGCUCCUUUCCUACUUGAUGAUCCUAACGUUGGACUGAUAUUCCCCGCCGAUGCAAUUGCAAGAGCUAAACAGUAUCUCUCGUUGACAUCGGGUGGUUUAGGUGCUUAUAGUGAUUCUCGAGGUGUUCCAGGAGUGAGGAAGGAAGUGGCAGAGUUCAUACAGAGGCGUGAUGGUUAUCCAAGCGAUCCGGAGUUCAUAUAUCUUACCGAUGGUGCGAGCAAGGCUGUGAUGCAGAUAUUAAAUACCAUCAUUAGAGGCCAAGGAGAUGGGAUUUUGGUUCCAGUCCCACAAUAUCCACUCUACUCUGCAACAAUUGCUCUUCUUGGUGGUUCUCUUGUUCCGUACUACCUCGAAGAAACAGCGAAUUGGGGUCUUGAUACUAUUGAACUUCGUAGAUCAGUUGCUGAGGCUCGCCGUAAAGGAUUAACUGUUAAAGCAAUGGUGAUCAUAAAUCCUGGAAACCCUACUGGUCAAUGCCUUAGUGAAGCAAAUUUACGAGAGGUUUUGCAAUUUUGUUACGAAGAAAAUUUAGUCUUGCUCGGAGAUGAGGUUUACCAGACAAAUAUAUAUCAGGACGAACGACCCUUCAUUAGUUCUAAAAAGGUUUUGAUGGACAUUGGGCCACCUCUGAGCAAGGAAGUUCAGCUUGUUUCUUUUCACUCAGUGUCAAAAGGGUAUUAUGGUGAAUGCGGACAGCGGGGUGGAUAUUUUGAAAUGGUCAACAUUUCUCCAGAGACAGUUGAUGAGAUCUAUAAAGUUGCAUCAAUAUCACUUAGUCCAAAUGUUCCAGCACAAAUAUUUAUGGGACUAAUGGUCAAUCCACCCAAACCUGGAGAUAUUUCUUAUGAGCAAUAUCUUAGGGAAAGCAAAGGAAUACUUGGAUCACUAAGAAGAAGAGCAAGGAUAAUGACUGAUGGAUUCAACAGCUGCAGGAAUGUUGUUUGUAAUUUCACAGAAGGUGCCAUGUAUUCAUUCCCUCAAAUUGUAUUGCCACCAAAAGCUUUAGAGACUGCUAAACAGGCUGGAAAGGCUCCUGAUGUUUUCUACUGUCUCAAGCUUUUGGAAGCUACUGGCAUAUCUACUGUUCCUGGUUCAGGAUUUGGACAGAAAGAAGGGGUGUUCCAUUUGAGGACAACUAUAUUACCAGCUGAGGAAGAAAUGCCUGCUAUUAUGGAUAGUUUCAAAAAGUUCAAUGAUGAUUUCAUGGAGCAAUAUGAAGACCAUAGAGGUUAUUCAAGGUUGUAAUGAAAUCAUUGUAAAAUUUGCAUCAUACUUAUGCAUCAUAAAACAUACCCUGCUUCUCAAACCUUAGGUUUUCUUCUAUAUAUCACUGACAAUCAUCCAUGUAUAUUUAUUUAAUUUCUCUUGUGCCUUUAUUAUAUGUUGUGCUAUCAUGGCAAACAAUCAUUUUGAAUAUAAUAAUUGUCUCUAUUGUCCUUUGUCAAAAAAUA